AUGAAUCAAGUUAUAUACGACACGUUCUUUGCUUCAGGGCCAGUAUGGAUUCUCCUGUUGGCUCCUUUUUUUCUAGCUCUGGGGUAUGCCGUGACAGCCCUCACAAGAUCCGAGCCUAAGCAACCAAUUGAAAAACAACGCUUAGAACAAGAAAUCGAGCCUUUGAGAGAUUUUGAUUUCCGCAAGGUAGCCCCUAUUAAAUACCAACCAUACAAAACACAGGGCCAUGUCACAAUGGGAAUCCAAAAGCGCACUCGUUCGGAGUGGAUUCGAAUGGAUCGUGGCUACUUAAAUCGAAUUAAUGAGCGUUUGCCGCUGAUUCGAGACAAGCCGGAGUUCACCAUUGGCGCCGGCGAGAAGGUUAACCCUGCGAUUGAGGAGCUAUAUGAAGAAAUCAUGAUUAAAUACUUACCUGCUAGAUUCCCAACCAUGUUCAAAGCUCGCGGAAAGACGGUCAAGAACCUGGCAACUGGCUCAACUUACCCGCUUACAACUGUAGGGUUGACUCAUGCCCAAAUGCUAGCAUACAUGGGAGAAAACGUCGAGGAAGACUUUUACUUCAUGUGUCCCGACCAGGAUGGACUAUAUCGCCUGCAAGGCUAUAUCGCUUGUUUUCCUGGAGGCUUUUUGAGUCCAGCCCGAGUUGGUGAAUCCGUAAAGGAAAUUCACAAACCAGUUCCGGGUUACGAAAGGAAGCUUGGGCUUAGCGUGGACCGUUACUUCGGUCGGAUGAUACCCGGAGACUUUAUUGGACGUAUGAAUUGGUCGUUACAAGUCGAUGGAGCCGACUUGUUCCGCACCGAUGGAAACAACUACUACCCCGGAACUGAGCAGGUAGUCGAAGAAUACAAAGAGGAUCCAUCCCUUGACGAAUGUUUCUUGCGCGUGGAACACCAAACACUCACGAAGCUGCCACGUACCAGCGCAGUUAUAUUCACGGUGAGGUCUUACAUGACCCCACUUCAUCAAGUGAAGGCCGAGGGAGAUGGAAAGGCGCUGGCAGCAGCCAUUGAAUCCAUGCCUGAAGGGCUUGGCUAUUACAAGAUGCGCCAAUACUGGGGCAAAAAAGUACUUCCGUGGCUGAUGGAAGAUAUUUAG